AUGUCAAGCAAAACGUUUACACUGCACUGCAUUUUCGUGUUGUGUCUGGUUUCUCUGUCAGAAGAAAAGUUAAAGAAGGUGAAAAUCGGCGUCAUUUUGCCUAUGACGGGGAACCAUCCUUGGACCAUACCUCAAUGCGGACCGGCCAUCGAAUACGCCAUCGACACAAUCCGGAAAACCCCGAAUUUUUUACGGAACUACCGCAUCAAAGUUAGCUACAAAGACUCCCAGUGCUCACAAGUGGCGGCGCCACACGCCGCAAUCGACUUCUACGUUGAAAAAGCGGCGCACGUCUUCAUCGGUCCGGCGUGCAAGUAUGCCGUGGCGCCCGUGGCCCGGUUUUCGUUCAAGUGGAGGAUCCCAGUGAUCACGGCUGGGGCGCUGGUCUCCGCCUUCAAGGACAAGGGGGAGUACAAACUGUUAACCCGAAUUCUUGGCUCGUAUGCCAAAGCCGGGUCGUUUGUGAUGGAGAUUCUAAACCACUGGCACUGGAAGGCCGUGGGCAUGAUAUUCAAUGACAUCGUUGGCGAUAACUCGAACGCCGGUAAAAGCAACUGUUUCUUCACGCUCGAGCCCAUCUACAAGGCACUGGCCAGCAUGCACGGCAAGAAACCGUGGCAUCUGAACUUUGACGAGUCGAAGACCACGGUUGCCGAUUACGAAUCGUUCCUGCAGACAGCGUCAAGGAACGCUCGCACCAAUCAGAGGAUGCGACACAUCUUGUCAUCUGCCACUGUCCGCAUGUGA